AGAGUGAGACGCCUUCCAUUGGUCAGUUUGUGCAGUAUGCAAAUUAGGGACGGCUACGUCAGAUCCUGAACUUGAGCGCCAUAUUUUUUUCUCAAUAGGGGAAGAAAGGGACAAAACGCUGGACAAAAAUUAACUUAUCUCCGGAGGAGGUUCGUAUACACCACCUCUCAUAUUGUACUGCGGUCGUCCUACAGCGGUGUAUGUAGACAGAGGAUGCUGCUCGGAUGAGUGCGUGUGUGUGUGUGUGUUCACUAGCAGCGGACGCAGCUUGUCGACACACACAGUUGCGGGCCGGUGGAAGUGGAAAACGUUAGCCCUGUAGGAGGUGGCACAGCGACGACUAACGUUAACCUGAACGGAGGAUUAGACGAGGUAUUAUGCUGAUUCCAGUCCGGGGAUGUUAUCUUUAUGCUGCAGUUUACUAUUUUACUACUACAUGUAGGUUUGUGAGGUAUAAUGUAUCAAGUACCGGUGGGAAAUAUUGAGAAGAUUAGAAAGGCACGCAAGGCAGUGAAAAACAUCCUUACUGAGAUCGGCCUGGAAGAUUGCCAGAACCUGCUGAAGGAUCUCAAUAAAAACUCUGAGAAAAACCCAGAUGAAGACGAGGCCUUUCGGGAAACUGAUUGGGUUGAUUUCACAGAUGGAUACAGUACGAGACUACAGAAAAAGUGGCCUUAUCGGUCUCGAUCUCUGUGCUGUAACCUGUGCAAGUACUCUUCACAAAACAUCUACAACUUCAGGAGUCACGUCUCCCGCUGCCAUGGAUAUGUUCAGUCAUUCUGUGCGCUGGCACCCUGUUCUCAGUGCCUCUUUAUCGGUCACCCUAAGGUUGUCAAGAAGCACAUGCUGUUCUUCCAUGCCAAACUUACCACCCCUGUACAGUCACCAAGGGAAGGGUCUUUACCCACCCAUCGUGGAAAUGAGCGGUAUCAGUGUCGAAGAUGUGGAUUUCCGAACUCUUCUAUCUUUGCGAUGAAGAAGCACAUUAUUCUCAAACACCUGGACAGUUUGGCAGAACAGUAUAUAGGUUACAGAUUACAUCUUCAAGGGACUACAUCUAUAAAGGUCUACUGCUGCAAAGUGUGUAAGGUGAACGCUGGAAAUCUAGACCAAAUGUUGCAUCACAUGCUGGUCGAGCCAUCACAUUAUUCAGUCAGCACACAAGUGCAGAGCAUGAUUCACGAGAACAAGAACUACACCAUUAAACCAACACCUAAUGGGAAUGGCGUGUUUGUGACAUUCCCAAGUAUCGCUCCUAAACCACAGCAACCUCAAAUGUUCAACAGUAAGUCCUUGGUUUUACCAAGUAAUGGUCAACCUCCUGGGACUGUGGUGGCAUUACAGCAAUUACAAGGAACUACAAACAGUACUACUCUAAUUUGUUCCCCCGGAACCAACCAAGCUUUUCUGCCCCCUCAAGCGUCCGCGCUAGUGCAGCUAGCUAGUGCCGAGGCUAAAGGUUUGCUUCAGCCUGGUGCUACGAUAUCCCUCCGAAGUACUUUGCCCCAAGCACCAUCUAUGGUCCAGCUCCCCACGGUAUCUAAUGUGUCUCUGCAACAGGCACCAAUGGCUCUAGCUCCUGCUUCUGCUCAGCCACAGCAGACUCCACCAGCACAGCAAAUCCUUGUUCCAUCGGGACUGCCGGCCAACAUGGCAGCUGGAACUGGGGCUGUGCCUAAGCCUGCUGUGGUUACACAAAAUACUUCAACAAACCAAAUCACCCUACAAGGUACCAUGUUGACUUCGCAAUCUCUGCUGAGUCACCUGAUCCCAACUGGCAACAGGGUGAACGGCAUGCCCACAUACACUUUUGCUCCACUACAAGUAGCAAUGCCUGUCUCUCAGAGCACAAAUACCCCUCUCAAGGCUGUUGAGCAAACGAGUAACUCCUUACCACAAACUAAGAAAUGGAUUACGUGUCCCCUCUGCAAUGAACUUUUCCCUUCUAAUGUCUUUGACAUGCAUACAGAAGUUGCCCACCAGACAAAAUCCCCUACGUCCAAGUCAGAAAGUGUGGCAGCACGUGCAGCAUUCCUAAAGAAAAUGCCAGACAAAACUGUCAAAUGUCUAACAUGCAAAAUUCUUCUAUCAGAAAAGAGCGUCUUCCAACACCUGCUGCAUGGCCUGAAUUGUUUAUACUGCUCGGCUUUGUUCUUUUCAAUCAAACAGCUUGCUGAGCAUGUAAAGCAGCACAAUCCCACAAGCAAGGCAUACUGUGAUUUCCUGAGGCAGAAGUACAGGGUCUACUCAAAAGGUAUUGGCGGAAUCCUAUUCCCUUAUUUUGAUGUCCACACCACUGCACCAAAAGAGGUCCUCGGAGACACAGAGGUCAAUCUUGCCCUGGUCACAAAUUCCCUCGACCUGAUCUUCUUUAAGUUGCAGCCCAGCAGCCAGCCAGAAAUCUGUCCAGCACCGGUGAAAAUUAACAGUGCGUACUGUCCCUUCUGUGACGAAAAGUUUCACAAUGAAUCCAAACACCUCCAGCACCUGAAACAGAAACACUUUGUAGCACCCACAAUUCACGCCAUCCUCAAGACAGAGGCUUUCAAGUGCAUAUACUGUAAUGGAGUGUACACAGGAAAGGUCACCCAGCAGGCUGUGAUGCUCCACAUUCAGCGCUGCCGGUGUUCACCGAAACAACCACAGCCACCCAAACCUACAGCGCCACCACAGCAGCCUCCAAAACCAGCUCAGCAGGUCAUUCAGCCAUCCGGACUCUACUUUCUCCAAGUGCCACAAGGGCUGACUAUGAAACAGACUAUAGCUCCAACUCGUGUGAUUCCAGCUGCACCCAGUGCAGUGCCUCGAGAAACGGAGGCAGAGCUGCAGUCUAAGAAAAGGCUGGAGGCUGCAUUGAGGCAGGUCAUUGAGGACAACAAACGGGAAAGAGAAGAAAGGGCGGCCAUGCGCAAGAAGCGAGAGCAUGAAAAGAUGCUGCCCCCACCGGAGCCUGAGAUUCAGAGCGACCCAGCAGUGAAGCUGCUUUUGGAGCCCACCACAGUUGAGCGCCGCUGCAAUGAGGAGCGCAGAGACUUCAUAUCCAAAUACUUCAACCUGAAUCCCUACACGACCAAAUCGGAGACCGACGAGCUGUGCAGGAGGCUGUCUCUCACCAAGGCAGAGUUGGCAGCCCACUUCAGCAAGAAGCGCAGCAAGUGCAUGAAGAGUCUCAAGAGGAGCACGGCUGCUGUUCUACUCGGCUUCAACAUGACUGAACUGAGCAAACUUAAGCACAACCUUAUCAUCCCAGAACAGCAGCCCACUGAUCCCACAGAGCAGCCAACCGCCGAUGCGACAGAGGAGAUGGAAAACGGUGAGGAUGGACCAGAACCUAUGGAUGAAAGUGGAAAUGCGGGCGAGGUGGAGCAGAUGGAAUGAGUUCAGAAAUGUGUGAAAACGGAAUCAUCUGAAAACAGCAAAUAAUUCAAAUGCAGAUGUCCCGGAUUAAAAACAGAAUGAAACCCUGAUACUUCAAUGAUGGCCUUUUGUGUUGACAGUCACUGGAGAAGUUUAUCAUUCAGUGGAUACAGUGUAUUUCCUCACAUACCCCUGUACCAGAGGGCAGUUUCUUAAUGUAGCCUUUAUUAAUAGUGCUUGAUUUGACUUCAGUAUGUUGUCAGUGGCCCAUAUCCUAAUUUCCACAUAAAUGCAGAGCCAUGUUGUGAUGCUCCCUAAUAUACAGUAUAUAAUAUAUAAACAUAAUAACGGAGAUACAGAUGUAUUAUGGUCCAAACUGUUGAACUGCAACAGUAUUUAGCUGGUUAAGAUCUCUCAUUCAACCAUUGCUACUGACUACAACAUAAGCACUCAGUUGCUCCUGGUAGCUGCUUUUUUUGCACCCUUUAUUAAGCCCUUUUGUACAAGAUUUGAUUUCUUGUCUGUUAAUAUUGAGACUUUAGUGCACACCUCAAUAUAGCGUUGAGUCAUUAUAUUAUGCUUUCCUUCACAAAUGGAUUUUUUUUUUUUUUUAAAACAUAUUUGGGCCUAUUGCUGUUUAGGCUUUAUUACUUUGUUUUCUCAUUCAUGAUUUUUUUUAAAUCCUUCAUAUUUUUCACAAUAUUUCCCUCUAUUUUUAAACAGUUUAAGGGAAAAAAAAUCUCUUGCUCACCAGCUGCCACAAACCGUUUAGGUUGAUGUUCAUGUUGCAGUUUUGAAGCCAAAUUCUUAAGAAUGUAUAAAUGUUUGGGUUAUAUUGCCCAGUUCCCAGAAUUAAUGAACUCUUGCUUAUUAUAAAUCUCUGACCAUGUUGCUUGCAUGAGCCUUUGUUUAACGGUCAGAUGAAAUUAUGAUUUUAGCCAUCGUGAAGUCUACAUAUUUGCGCAGACUUGUGGAAAUUUAACCUAGAUUCACAAAACAUAAAACAUUUUAUUGGGUAUUGAUUCUGUCACCAUACAUCUUCUGUUCUCCUGACAGCUGUUUUUUGUACUAUACUUGUAUUUUCUAUAAUUCCUAGAGGAUCAAAAAUGUUGGGAGAGGUAAAAAUUCUCAUUCUGUCCAAGACCACUGCAUUGUAAAAAAUAAAGUGGUUUCCUUUUACGUAAAUGAUUCGUUAAUUUUUCAUAAUAAAAUAUAUAUAAUUUUUAAUCAAGCUGUGAUAAAGCAAGGUAAGGUAUGUUUCUUCCAUGUGUAACUGACUCACCUUGAAAAGCAUUCAAAACUUUAGCCCCAUCU